CGCGGGGCCGCCUGGCGUCACUUCCGUCCAAUCUGGCACUGAAGAUGGCUGCUCUGCUGUUGAGACAUGUUGGCCGUCAUUGCCUCCGUGCUCACCUUAGUCCUCAGUUCUAUGUCAGAAAUGCUAUUCCUAUGGGAACCACAGCCAAAGAAGAGAUGGAACGAUUCUGGACUAAGAACUUAGGUUCAAACCGUCCUUUGUCUCCUCACCUCACUAUCUACAGGUGGCCUCUUACCAUGAUAAUGUCUGUUUCUCACCGUGGCACUGGUAUUGCCUUGAGUGCAGGAGUCACUCUUUUUGGCUUGUCGGCCCUAAUUCUCCCUGGGAAUUUUGAGUCUUAUUUGGAACUUGUGAAGUCCCUGUGUCUGGGGCCAGCACUGAUAUACACAGCCAAGUUUUUGCUUGUCUUGCCUCUCACAUAUCACGCCUUGAAUGGAAUCCGACACUUGUCAUGGGACCUAGGAAAAGGCAUGAAGAUUCCUCAGCUAUACCAGUCUGGAGUGGCUGUCUUGGUUCUUACUGUGUUAUCUUCUGCAGGGCUGGCAGCCAUGUAAAGAGAUAAGAUUCUCAAAAUCAUCUUUACAGAUUAUUACAUUGACCUUUCUAUUGUUUGUCACUCAUUUCCCAUCAGGGCAAGGAUCUCCUGAUUUCUUUAGAUCCUUUUGUGUUCACAGAUUCCCUUGGAACUCAGUAGCAAUAAAGUACUUGUAGAACCAUAA